CAUCAAUGCUAUCUUUCUCUCUCUAAGAAACCAUUUUCUUUGUUUUGCCAAGAAAACCCAUCCAAGGUUUGUAAACUGUUUCUCCAAAAUUUGUUUUCUUGUUCUUUGUCUAAAGUUUGUGAAUCUGGUGUGUCCUUCUUUCUUCAUUUUGAUCUUCUGUUCUUCUAUCCAACUUCAAGAUCCCAAAUCUUGAAAUGUUUUCAGAUAUCGGACAUAAACUGGAGAUGAUAAAAGAAGAUCUAGUGUUAUGCUGAACUAUUUGGGAAGCGAAGAGGCAGAUAGUAACAGUGGAAGAAUCAAAUGUUCUUGUCCACUGAGAACCCACCACAUGACCCACUUUCAUCUUCUUCUCCUGCUACUUCCAGUUUAUUACAUCUCACCACUUCUUCACAUGAGUUAGGUCAAUCCCAUCUCCAAAACUUCUCCAUCAGAGAUUACGCGUAUAGUAACAGAAAGAACAGCAUCAAGAACAGCUGGCCAUUUUCUCCUAAAAGUCUCCAAAUUUGUUCAACUCAUGGCGUAACUGAUCCUUUGCCACCGUUUGAGACAACGGCUAGUUCAUCGUCAGGGAAGCAGAUCGUAUCUCAUGUCCAUAGAGGAACUGGUUUGGCUAAACUUGGGCUAAAAGGAGGUUGUAGCCAAUCAAGGGUCAUCAAGAAUGGUUUUGGUACGAGUACAAGUGUUUCGAAGUCUAAGGUAGAGAUAGUAGUAGCUGGUACAAGUAAUAACAACAAGAACAGUAAAAAGUGUGGACGAGGAGGAGGAGGAAUGGUGAAAUCCAAAGAAGAUACUUGUGGUGGUGGCCUCGUGAUGACGACAACAUGUCCUAUUUGCAAAACCUUCUCAUCAGCUUCCAACACUACUUUGAAUGCUCACAUCGAUCAGUGUCUGUCUGCUGAUUCAGAACUGCCACCUGUUAGUACUUAUAAGCCAAACAAGCAUAGAGUUGAUCAGCGUCUGUCUGUUGAUUCAGCCGUGCCACCUGUUAGUAGUACUAAGCCAAACAAGCCUAGAGUUAAUCAGUGUCUGUCUGUUGAUUUAUCCGUGCCACCGGUUAGCACCAAGCCAAACAAGCCUAGAGCUAAGCCACAGAUGAAAGUUAAAACGAUGGUUGAUAUUUAUGCUUCUGCUAAAAGAUGCACGUUAGAAGAUCUUGACAAGAGAAAUGGAACUACGUGGGUGUCCAUUUUGAGUCACACGAAUCGAGUUGUUGCUGAUAAAGUGUCCAAGAAGCGGAAAGCUUCUCCUGUGGGCGUUGGUCCGGUUUAUAUCGAUGCCAAGGGUCAAAAACUGCGGAUUCUAACAGAGUUCAGCGAGAAGAAGACUUGUACUACUACUACAUUGAGAGAGCAGCAUGAGGGUGGUAGUAGUGAAAAGAAGAGUUCAAGCCAAGGUAGUAAAGAAAACAGUAAAAGCUUGAGGAAGAGACGUCUGGGAAAGAAACAUUACAAGUAUCUUAAACUAACCAAUCUCAAAGCCAAUAAUACAUCAGAGCAGGUACCAGAUUAUCAAAGAGUGUUUUGCGGAGAAGGUAGCAGCAAGGGUCAUCGUAGAAUCUAUAACCAGCGGAUGUUAUCAAAACCUGGUCUGGUUUCAAAGAGGCUAAAUGAGAAAGGACAUAAACUUUAUGAUUUGCGGGAUCAGCCAUCUGAGGAUGAUGAUGAUUCAUGGUCAGGAGGAGAGCGUCUUGUGUUGAGAGGUACUGAUUCAUCCCCUUUGAAGAAACAGAAGGAAGUCUCUGGAAGGAAUAAGGCUAUGUUUGGGAGUAAAGGAGCUCAAAGUCGUUCAUUUAGAGUUCAGAUGAGUGAAAAGGAGGAGGCAUCACUUGCAGUAGCUCAUUUAGACACCCUCCAAGUCAAGAAGAGACUUGCUUCGAUUCAAGAAAAUAAGUAUCCACUUGGAAAGAAUGUCAGCGAGGUUUCUCCUCGUGCAACUAGCAUGAGAAAGGUGUCCCCACAAUUCGUAGCAAAUGGCUGGAGACGACUAUCUCUGCCUGUGGAGCUAAAGAAAGCUCGGCUGGAUUCGUCUGAGGAAGAAGAAGCUGGAAAAUGGGAAUCUGAAAUGACACAAGAACGUGAACUCUCAGAUGAUGAUUAUGUUUCUGGUUAUGAUGAUACUCCUUCAUUUGAUGAUGAUGAUGACGAAGAAAGUAGUGAUGAGGAGGAUGAAGAUAAUAGCAACAACAACAACAGUAGAGCCAAUGUGUUGGACAAAAGCAAUGAUGCUACACCUAGCGAGAGAGCAAUGUAUUAUUACUCUGAAGAAGUUGAGGAAAUGAUUUAUAGGCAAACCACUUGUGAUGAAGAUGUGAGGUUUGAAUCUGAGGUGAGAGGAAAAGGAAGCUUAUUUGUAGAGGUUGAUACCAUUCCCAUUCCAGGACCUCCUGGCUCAUUUCUACCUAGUCCCAGGGACAUGUGUUACGAUGAGAAUCUUGGAAACUCGUCUGUUAUCACAAGCCAGUUCCAUUCUUUCGACAGAAACUCAUCUGAAUCACCUGUUUCUGCUGUUUCAAACGUUGCACCUGGUAAGUUGAGUUUCCCUGUGGAGUUAUCUUCUUCCUACACGACAACACCGAUAAGCUUUUGUGUUCCAUCUCAUCAUGAGACAAUCACCGAGGCUGAGCUGAUGACUGUUGGCAAGACAGAACCACCUCCAAGACUUAGAAGCAACGAUCAUGAGUCUUGUUGUUGUUGCCAGAGAAAAGAGAGAAUCUCUGAGGGGAUUGCUUUGAAUCAUCAAACAUCUCAUCUACUGCAGAGAAGAGGUGCUUCUUAUUCGUCACAUUUGGAUACAACAAAUCAUCCGUUUGAGGAGUCACCGUACAUGAUCCAGCAAGACUUAGAACUUCAGAGUAAAUUCUCCAGCAGAGCUGUUGUUGUGCCUCCAAGUCCUAACCCGGUUUUGCGGUUGAUGGGAAAAGACCUGAUGGUCAUGAACCAAGGAGAAGCAGACAAGGUAGAAGCAUCUCGGGAUAGCUUAAAACCACCCACUCAGUUUCUUGAUUCUCUUCAUUGCCCAGCUGGAACCGGCUUAUACUUCAACACAGGUCUCUAUUUAAGAAACAGUUUCGAGUCAACACAUCAUCAACCACAGACACCACAAGCACAAGCACAGACACAAACACAAGCUUCACCAUUCCGACACAGUUUUGAUGAUCAUGUAAGGUACUUUUCUCCGAGCUAGUCAAUCCAAUGUAAGAGUUUCGGCCUUUGUGUCUGUCCCUUUGUGUAGUUAUGGACCUUACGGUUUACAUUAAGAAAAGCAGAAACUUGAAAAGAACAAACACUCACUCUGUAGAAGAUAAAAGUAACUUUAAGCUUUGAGAAGCUCAACAAAUAAACUUGUAAGUUUAUAUUUAAGGUUUUGGCCAUUGUGGUAAGAACAACAUGAUUCUUCCACAAACUUGGACUGUGAAUUCAGAUUUCUUUUUCAAA